AUGGCGGAGGAACCAAACGAAAGUGGUGAGGCCACGUUUCGACCCAGCUUCACCAGGCGCAUGAGCAGUCGGAUUGUUGCCGAUGUGCGCACCUUUCGAGGAGGCGUCACAUUCCUCGCCGGCGACUUUGUGUCCUUGUUUUCGCUGUUCUUUGACAACCUCAGUACCUUGCUGGGAUUUGCCGGCGCCAUUCUGGGUUUGAACCCGUCCAAUGCACACCUUCAGGAGAUCUUGUACCAACGCAUCGUGCCCGCGGCUGGCAUCAUGUUGUUCCUGGGCAAUGUCUAUUACACUUGGCAGGCAAUCCGAAUGUCCAAAAAGUAUCAACGAGCGUAUACCGCCCAACCCUACGGCUUGAACACGGCCGGUGGUUUCCCAUUCAUCUUUGGCAUUAUCUACGGUGUCUACUAUUCGUAUCAGGUUCAGUGCACGGAGGAAACUUGUACCGCGGAGGAAAUCUUGCAAGAAGAAAAUGAACGAAUCGACUUGGCAUGGCGUGUGUGCGUCGCCGGGAACUUUCUCACGGGCAUUAUCAACAUUGUCCUGGGCUUUUUUGGACAGUUCAUGAUGCAGCACUUCCCCGUUGCGUCCAUGCUUGUGCCUUUGGCUGGGAUUGGAUUCACGUGGCUUGCCCUCAAUCAGAUUGCCCCCAACUUUGAAACUCCCGCCAUUGGCUUGAUCCCCAUCUUUCUCAUCUUUAGCCAAUACUACGGCCUUGGACGAAUCCAUUUGGGUAAGGGAUACUACAUGCCAGAAGCCAUCCCUGUGGUCGUCUUUGGAAUCAUAGCUGGCUGGGCAUAUGGAACGCAAGAUGGCGUCACGGAACCGGUCAAAGGCGGGGCUUGGAUUGGCGAUGCCUUUAUCCGUGGGUUCUCCGAUGUCGGAUCGUACAUUGGUAUUGUGCUUCCCUUCUCCAUUGCCGCCAGUUUCACUGAUAUGAUGUGUUUGGUGUCGGCUCAAAAGGCAGGCGAUCCCUUCCCCAUUCGAGAGACAAUGAUUGCCGACGGCUUUGGGACAAUGAUUGGGGCCAUGUUGGGCUCUCCCUUUGGUACUGUCGUCUACAUUGGUCAUCCAGUGCACAAGAGGGUCGGAGCACAAACAGGGUACUCCCUCAUGAAUGGAGUCAUUUACCUCAUCUUGUGUCUGGCAGGCGUCAUCCCCACCAUUCUCUCUAUCGUCCCCGUUAUUGCCAUUGGCCCCAUUAUCAUGAUAUUUGGAAUCAUGAUUUGCGAAGACUACAUUUUCACUGCCUAUGUUCCUCCAGGAAUGGCGACGUCUGCCAACAAUGGUACCUUGGCAAUGUCCAAGGGCAGUGCGCUGAGUGCCAUGCUCUGGUGCGCCAUCAUUGUGUACACGACCGACCGACGCUGGGACAAGGCUGGACUCUUUAGUAUUUUUGCCGCAGGAUUUGCCGCUUUGGGUCUCAUUCAUCAAUCGGAAGCCGUGGCUGGCUUUGUCGAUGGAACGGGUGGAAACGCCAAAAGCACCUCCCCGCUUCAGUUUAUGAUUGGAUACCUUUCCCUGGCAUUGGUCUGUGGGUUCUACUGGUUCCUCCAAAAGAACUUUGGCAAGAAGACGUUGCCAGAAGAGGAGGGAUACGAAGCUGAUCAUGGCUACUUGCCACCGAUCAGUGAGAAAGGUGUGGACAAACUGUUUGAAACCUGGUGGGAACCCGCCGAACGGGCACUGCAGUUGCAGGAACAUCCUGCCUAUGGGGAUGACGAAGCCCCUACUCAAGCAGCGGAACCAGUCAAGUACAAAGAUGAUUCUCUCACCGAGGAAGUCGAUGCUUAG